GAACUGAGUCCUUUGUGGAAGUGUCCAGUUGAUGCUGAAGCAGCUGUCAAACUGGGAGGAGCUGGAAGUAUCAUCUGUAAAACCAGAGAACUCAGACGUGGCAAAACUUACUCUCCUCGUGACUGACAACUGUAAAGAGAUUUUACCUCAUAAGCCUGGAUUAGUAAACCCGCAUCAGAGAAAUUGAAUUUCCAGGAUUCCAAUGGGAAAUCUUUUAAAAGUUCUCACUUGCACAGACCUUGAUCAGGGGCCAGACUUUUUCCUUGACUUUGAAAAUGCACAACCUACCGAUGGCGAGAGAGAAGUGUGGAAUCAGGUUAACGCCGUACUCCAAGAUUCUGAGAGCAUCCUCACAGACUUGCAGGCGUACAAGGGAGCGGGACAGGAGAUUCGAGAUGCAAUACAAAAUCCCAAUGAUAUCCAGCUUCAAGAGAAAGCAUGGAAUGCCGUAUGUCCACUGGUUGUGAGACUGAAGAGGUUUUAUGAAUUUUCUAUAAGGCUAGAGAAAGCUCUACAGAGUUUAUUGGAAUCCCUCACCUGCCCACCCUACACGCCGACUCAACAUCUGGAGCGAGAACAAGCUUUAGCAAAGGAAUUUGCAGAAAUUUUACAUUUUACUCUCCGUUUUGAUGAACUGAAGAUGAGGAACCCAGCAAUUCAAAACGACUUCAGUUACUACCGACGGACAAUAAGUCGCAACCGAAUUAACAAUAUGCAUCUAGACAUUGAGAACGAAGUGAAUAACGAAAUGGCCAACAGAAUGUCCCUUUUUUAUGCAGAAGCCACACCGAUGUUGAAGACGCUUAGCAACGCCACAACCUAUUUUGUCUCAGAAAACAAGACUCUGCCUAUUGAAAACACAACAGACUGCCUUAGUACCAUGACCAGCGUAUGUAAAGUCAUGUUGGAGACUCCGGAAUAUAGGAGUAGGUUCACCAAUGAAGACACCCUUAUGUUCUGCAUGAGAGUAAUGGUGGGCGUUAUUAUACUCUAUGACCACGUGCAUCCUGUGGGAGCUUUCUGUAAGACAUCCAAGAUUGAUAUGAAGGGUUGCAUAAAGGUUUUGAAGGAACAGCCUCCAGACAGUGUGGAAGGUCUGUUGAAUGCCCUCAGAUUCACUACAAAGCACCUGAAUGAUGAAUCUACUUCAAAACAGAUUAGGGCAAUGCUUCAGUAAAGCCCUUAAGAGAAGAGGAUCUGGGUUCCGACCUCAGAAGAUGUAUAUGUUUACAUAAUUUAAUACAGAUUGAUGUUAAUACUGUUGUAUUUACAUAACCAUUUCCUUCCUGUCACUGAAAUUUUUGAAUGUUAAUGAAUAACCUGACUGACUUUACAUAACUUAACAUGCUAGCCUUACUUUCGGCGUUUAAAAAAAAAAGACAAAUAAAAGGAUUCUGGGGAAUUUUUGGUUUGUUGCCUGAGGACUUUAACUACAUACUUGAAAAGUUCCUCGCAUUUUGUAUUUUAAUUUGAGAUGCUCAUCCUUUCUGGAAAAGAGUUGUAGAAACAAAUUUACUGUGUUUGUAUAAAGUAAUACCAACACUAGUUUUAAAAGAAAAAAAAAAGAAAAAUCCAUGUCUUUUGAUGCACAAAUGAAAUGGACUCAUUUUCAAUCCAUCAGUGGGGAUGGCAGUUCUUGCUUUUUGCUGUGAAUUCCAGGGAUAAGUAUCAGUCUGAGACUUCCUUGUUUUGUGAGAUUAUCCAGUACCUAGUUGAGGGUCUUCAUUUAUCCAGGAAUCUGCCUAAUUGGCAAAGUGGUGUUGCUUAGCUGGUUUUCUUUGCCGCUGGUUGCUGCUGUCGAAAAAAAAUUUGUAAUGAUUUGCCAUUUGCUUAACUUCUUCAGUACCUCUCCUGGACAGUUGAAGCUCCUAUGAUACUUGAGAGAGUGGGAGUCUGUUUUUUAUUAUUAUUAUUAUGCUAUUUGUUUAGGGCUUACUAUGUGUCAUGCACUGUUCUAAGCGCUGG